AGCGAAGAAACUGAUUUUAACUGAUUUUAACUGAUUUUAACUGAUUCUGAUUGUUUUGACUGACUAAGUAGCUGCUGAGGACAUUUUCUCUACAUUGUGAGCUGCAUGUCAAAACUCCAAAUGCUGAAAUCGUUGGUGAAACAGCGACUCGACACGGCCGCUGAGGAGAUAUUUGGCCUGUUUGAAAGAACAAUAGCAGAAUAUGAGGAGGAAAUAUCUCGUUUAAGAGAAAGUGAGCGACAACACAAACUGCUGGAUGCUGUUUUCAGCCCAACAUGUCAGGUACACAGAUCAGUGUUUCCUGCAGAUGUCCAGCAGCUGUUGGUGAUUAAAGAAGAGGUUCCCCCCGAGUGGAGCCCCAGCCUGGACCAGGAGGACACAGAGCCCCUACACAUAAAAGAGGAACAGGAGGAACUCCGGACCAGUCAGGCGAGAGAGCAGCUUCAUGGGCUGGAGGAGGAUGAGGUCACCAGGUUCCCAUUUACUGCUGUUCCUGUGAAGAGUGAAGAUGAUGAGCGGAACCCUCAGUCUCCACAGCUUCAUCGAACUCUAACUGAAGACUACAGAGAGGCAGAGCCUUCAAACAGCAGCUCAGCUACACAGACAGAAACAGAUGGAGGAUCAGAACCUGCCAGGAACCUUGAUCCAGAUAGUCAUUUACACCCAAAUACUGAAGAACAUGCUUCAGACUCUUCAGACACUGAAUUCAGUUAUGAUGAGUGGCAAAAACCUUUGUCAGAUUCUGAAGCUGAAAUUGAGGACAGUGACAAUGGUUGGAAGGAGACCAGGGCACCCGAGUCAGAUGAUAAUGCUCUGAGAUAUAAGCAAGCACCUGUAAGUGAUGUGAGUUGUAGUGCUGGAGAAAUGUCCUUCAGCUGCUUUGAGUGUGGUAAACAUUUUCACUACAAGGGGUCUCUUCAGAGACACAUGAUGUGUCAUUUAGGAAAAAGGUUUAGAGGGAACCAAAAUGUAGAUUCACACACGAGAGUCCACACAGGAGAGAAACCAUUCGGUUGUGAUGUUUGUGGGAAGAGAUUUACACAACAAGGAAGUUUUAAGAAACACAUGAGAGUCCACACAGGAGAGAAACCAUUUGGUUGUGAUGUUUGUGGGAAGAGAUUUACAGUCCAGGGAAGUAUUAAGACACACAUGAGAGUCCACACAGGAGAGAAACCAUUUGGUUGUGAUGUUUGUGGGAAGAGAUUUACACAACAAGGAUGUUUUAAGAAACACAUGAGAGUCCACACAGGAGAGAAACCAUUUGGUUGUGAUGUUUGUGGGAAGAGAUUUAAAGUCCAGGGAAGUAUUAAGACACACAUGAGAGUCCACACAGGAGAGAAACCAUUUGGUUGUGAUGUUUGUGGGAAGAGAUUUACAGUCCAGGGAAGUAUUAAGACACACAUGAGAGUCCACACAGGAGAGAAACCAUUUGGUUGUGAUGUUUGUAGGAAGAGAUUUACACAACAGGGAAGUAUUAAGACGCACAUGAGAGUCCACACAGGAGAGAAACCAUUUGGUUGUGAUGUUUGUGGCAAGAGAUUUACAGUCCAGGGAAGUAUUAAGAAACACAUGAGAGUGCACAAAGGAGAGAAACCAUUUGGUUGUGAUGUUUGUGGUAAGAGAUUUACGGUCCAGGGAAGUAUUAAGAAACACAUGAGAGUCCACACAGGAGAGAAACCAUUUGGUUGUGAUGUUUGUGGGAAGAGAUUUACGCUCCAGGGAAAUCUGACGAGACAUAUGAUUGCGCACACAGGAUAGAAAUUGUUUACCAAACAUGUUGGUAAAGACCACAGCAGUUAUCAUUGUCUUUGGUUGUUUUGUUGUAUUUUAUUUUUGUCUUUCUUUUGUGUAUAUUUUUAAAAUAUGUAUAAAAAGUCUUCUGGUUAAAUGCUGCUUACUGCCUACUGAAGUUAUUCAAACUAAGUUUUUUCAAAUGUUCCCUUUAUCAAAGUUGUUGGUAAAGGAGAUGGAAUCGUUAUGGUAUGAAGAUAAGUGGCAGCAAACAAUUCUGUGAUGAAAGGAACAAAAAGAAACCAAAGACACAGCAUGUCAGGGUAAACAUUUGUUUUUAAAACGCACAGUUUGUGUAGGUGUAAUUGUCUAAUUAAUAUACUGUAAAUUCAAAGUAUGUGAUGCAGUCAUCUGAAAUUCUGGAUUGCAUUGCAGUGUAAUAGGUGGAAGGGAGACCUUUAUAGUGCUUUCUUGGUUUGUUACUGAACCUUUGGCAACACUUUAUUUUACAGGUCCCAUUGUUUUCUGUAAUUUCCUAGAAAUAAGCUGAUAUGUAACUGUAAACUCCUCAGAAGGUUCCUGGAAAUGUAUGAUUGUUAAUAUAGGGAAAGUGGAGACAGUGUUUAUUUGCCAAAUCCAAUAAAUUGCUAAUAAAACCUA